AUGGAUAACAUGGCUGAGACGAGUGGACGUGAGAGCGAAUCCGGGCUUCAUCCUCGGCAUUCUCUUUCAGGUCCAACUACCGGACUCAUGGAGAACCUACGGGAAAACAUCUCCAAGUGGCCUGAUUCAGGCGCCCGGAAUGAUGCUGACGACGAUGAUCAAGGCUCCGAGUAUGAGCUCCUCAUGGACCCAAACUUGCCAGAGGAUCAUGAGUCCCGUCGCCAUGCACAUCAUGAAGACGGCUUAUCCGAUGACGGGUCUAAGAAAGCUGAGGAUGAGGACGACGAGGAGAAUUCCCCAUAUCCAGAGGUUCGCGCCGCUGUCCACAAUUACGACGAAGAUGUGCCAUGCAAUACAGUCCGUGCGUGGACAAUUGGACUGUCUCUUGUCAUUCUCGGAGCAUCAAUGAACACCAUCUUUUCGCUGCGCCGGCCGGCGAUUUCCAUCGGGGCUCUAGUCGCUCAGAUCAUUGCCUGGCCCAUCGGUCAUGGAUGGGCAAGAUUUGUCCCGGAACGAGAGUUCAACAUAUUUGGCCUCAAGUGGCAGCUGAACCCGGGCCCAUUUAACAUGAAGGAGCAUGCAAUCAUCGGAAUCUUGCUCACCGUUUCCACGCAGUCGUUGGGAUACGGAAUUGCUGGCGUUAUGCGCAAAUACCUAGUGUAUCCUGCGUCGAUGAUAUGGCCUGGAAACCUAGCUUCCGUGGCCAUGAUGAAUGCCAUGUAUGACGAGGCAUCCUUUGCAUACUACUUCAUCCCCGGCUUUUUUGCCCAGUUCUUGAGCGUCUUUGCUUUUGCAACCUGGAUGGCGCCGCAAAACCCAGUCAUCAAUCAGCUAUUCGGUGGAAACACUGGCUUGUCCAUUAUACCCAUUACCUUUGACUGGAGCCAGGUGACAGGCUACAUUGGAUCUCCUCUUGUUACGCCUUGGCACGCGAUUGCCAAUACCUUGAUCAGCGUUGUCAUAUUCUAUUCAGGUCUGACGAUUCUACUCCACUACUCUGGGACAUGGUAUGCCCAGUUCCUACCCAUCAACGAUGCCAGCAUCUACGACAACACGGGAGCAAGGUACAACAUUAGUCGGGUUGUGAAUCCAGACAUGACUCUGAAUGAGGAAGCCUACCAUAAAUAUUCACCCUUGUUCAUCAGCACCACAUUUGCCAUCUCAUAUGGCCUGUCUUUCGCCGCCAUCUCCUCACUCGUCGUAUAUACGUAUCUGCACCACGGCAAGUACAUUUGGAAGCAGUACAUGAACAGCACCACGGAAAAGCCGGACAUUCACAUGAAACUGAUGAGAAAGUACAAAGAGGCACCAACCUGGUGGUACCUCUCUCUCUUCUGCAUUAUGCUGGCAUUGGGCUUCUAUACAGUGCUCGCGUACCCAACCAAUUUAACUUGGUGGGCCUUUUUACUGGCCGUCAUGAUUUCGUUCGGCUUCUCUUUGCCAAUCGGUAUCAUCCAGGCCGUGACGAAUAAUCAGAUUGGCUUGAAUGUGCUCACGGAGUUUGUCUACGGCUACAUCCAGCCGGGACGGCCUCUAGCGCUCAUGCUUUUCAAAACGUUUGGAUACAUCACGAUGUCCCAAGCACUGAAUUUCGUGUCAGAUCUUAAAUUCGGCCAUUACAUGAAAAUCCCUCCCAGGACCAUGUUCAUGGCCCAGGUCGUCGCCACGACUUAUUCAUGCGUCAUCCAAGUCUUGGUCCUUAACUUGGCACUCAACAGCAUCGAAAAUGUAUGCGACGAUCAGCAAGAGGACCACUUCACAUGCCCAGGUGGAAGAGUAUUCUAUUCUGCCUCUGUUAUCUGGGGCCUCAUUGGCCCAGGCCGAAUGUUCUCCCCGGGCCAAAUCUACUCCGGCCUCUUCAUCUUCUUCAUCCUCGGCGCAAUCACCCCAAUCAUCAUCUACUUCGCCGUUAAGAAAUACCCAAAAUCCCCCGUGAGAUACCUCAUCGCGCCGCUCCUCUUCGGAGGGCCUGGCUCCAUCCCGCCCGCCACCCCUCUCAAUUACUUCUCCUGGGGCAUCGUGGGCUUCGUCUUCCAGUUCUGGAUCAAGAAGCGCUACUUCCGGUGGUGGAGCCGCUUGAACUUUUUGACGUCGUCUGGCUUGGAUUUGGGUCUGGCGUUGGCGACACUCUUCAUAUUUUUCGCGUUUACUUUGAAUGGGAUUGAUCCGCCAAAGUGGUGGGGGAAUACUGUUGUUGACUCGACGAUGGAUUCCAAGGGUACGGCUAUAAGAGCGCAUGUUGCAGCGGGAGAGCAUUUUGGCCCAAGUUCAUGGUGA